GAAAUUUCGCGUUGAAUAACAAAAGCAGAUAUUUUGACAGAAUCCACCAGUUUGGCAUUGUAAAUUACUAGACUUGAGUGAACUUGACAUGUCUGUAAACCAGGAUGUUUCAUUUGCUGAUCUGGGAGUAUCUCCUUGGCUAAUUGACACAUUACAGGCUUUAGCUAUCUACAAACCUACAGAUGUCCAGAAGGGAGUAAUUCCUCAGAUUUUAAAAGGCCAUGAUUGCAUAGGCGGUGCUAAAACUGGUUCCGGUAAAACAGCUGCAUUCGCUCUUCCAAUCCUCGAGAGCUGGUCUAGAGACCCACUAGGAAUUUAUGCUGUUGUCUUAACCCCUACAAGGGAACUGGCUAUCCAAAUUGACGAACAGUUCGCUGCGCUUGGCUCUAACAUGAAUUUGAAACAUACGCUGAUUGUCGGUGGAAUGGAUAUGGUAGCUCAGGCAAUUGCAUUAUCACGGAGACCUCAUGUCGUGGUUGCUACUCCUGGCCGUUUAGCUGAUUUAAUUCGAAGCAACGGACCUGAAACCACAGCUGGCUUGCAAAAAGUCAAGUUUCUUGUUAUGGAUGAAGCUGAUCGACUGCUUUCUUCAACGUUUGCGGACGAUUUGAACGACUGUUUUUCAAUUCUUCCACCCUCAGAAAAUCGACAAACUCUGCUAUUUACAGCCACUGUCACAGACGCAAUUCGGCAAUUAAAGGAAAAGCCAACAAAAGGUAAUAAGCCUCCUCUUUGGCUUUAUGAAGUAGAAUCCGAUAAGAUUUCGGUUCCUUCCACCUUGCAGCAAAAUUAUGUUUUUGUUGCCUCACACGUCCGCGAGGCUUAUUUGGUACACUUACUUUCGAUUCCCGAAAAUGCUGAAAAAUCUGCCAUUAUUUUUGUCAAUCGCACGCAUACUGCUGAGCUUAUUUAUUCAAUGCUUCGUUUAUUGGAAUUUCGAAGUACCGAAUUACAUUCUGAAAUGGCACAACGAGAACGUAUUAACUCUUUAGGCCGUUUUCGUGCUGAGGCUGCUCGUAUUUUGGUGGCCACAGACGUCGCUAGUCGAGGUUUGGAUAUUCCAUCCGUGCAAUUAAUUAUUAAUUUUGAUCUUCCUCGUGAUCCUGAUGAUUACAUUCAUAGAGUUGGUCGUACUGCUCGUGCUGGAAGAGCUGGUCAAGCAAUUUCCGUUGUCACAGAACAUGAUGUCGAAUUGGUUCAUGCCAUUGAAGAUCGUGUGGGAUCUAUGAUGACCGAAUAUGAACAUGCAUCUGAGAAUAAGGUUCUGGAGCGUAUGAAGGAGGUGACUGAUGCUAAGCGUCAAGCCUCUUUGGAAAUGGUUGAUCGUGGUUUUGGUGAGCGUAGACAAAAGCAAAAAGAAAAAAGACUUAUAGCCAGUGGUCGCUUAGGUACCGGCGAUGAUUUUCGAAACAAAAAGAGAAAAUCCAAGGGCCUUAAAAGUAAUCAAAAGAUGAAAAACAAAGAGAACUAAAGGGAAAAACUUGGGUACAUGGAUAAUGGUAUUUCGUUUUGUCCUUCUGUGUAAGGUUUUUGAAAAACAAAAAGGAUUUUUGGUACUACUAUCAUUGAGGAUUUAAUAAAUAAUAUGUAUUUUGGUAUAAGCAUUACUUUUUAAUGCUGGGUAAAUCUUGG